UGAUAUUAAAAAGAGAAAGAUACUAAACUGUCAUUCAUUCAUAAAUCUACAAAGCAGGGAAUUGUUAUGUCAAAGUCAAAUGUCAAUAAAAUGUUUAUUUUUGGAUUUUCAAAGAUUUUAGGUAAACUUUUAAUUUUAAUUUAACAGUAAAAUGCCAACAGCUCGCUAUUUUAUCCCUGUAAGGAACUUUUUUUGGCAGAAAAAACCAUCACCCUUCGGUAAUUACGAGAUAGUCUCACCGGGAAAGGUUACUGUUAACAAUGCUCCUAGUAUACCUAAACACAUUCCAAAACCCAGUUAUCACAUCAAAGGAGUACCGAAUGAUUUUAUACCAUCUUCACCGGAAAUAAAGUCACCUGAACAAAUUCGUAGGAUGACGAAAUCGUGCCAAUUAGCAGCAAAUGUCCUAAAGAGAGUUGAAGAUUUUAUCCAAGUUGGCAAAACCACAGAGGAAAUUGACCGAUUAGUUUUCAAUUCUUGUAUGGAAAUCGGGGUUUACCCUUCACCGUUAAAUUACAGGCAUUUUCCCAAAUCAGUAUGCACUUCAGUCAACAAUGUCGCCUGUCAUGGCAUCCCUGAUGAUAGACCCUUACAAAACGGAGAUAUUAUCAAUGUUGACAUAACAGUGUUCCAUGACGGUUUCCAUGGAGAUUGUUCGAAAACGUUUCUAAUAGGCGACGUUGAUGAACAGGGUAAAAAACUAGUGGAAGCCACGAAAGAAUGUUUACACGCCGGAAUUGAACUCUGCCGACCCGGUGCGUCGUUUCGAGAGAUCGGUUGUCGCAUCGAGGAAAAGGCCACCAGCUCGGGAUUUAAUAUAAUAUCCGCUUUCAUUGGGCACGGAAUAGGAAGUUACUUCCACGGCCCUCCUGAUAUUUAUCAUAUAGCCAACGUUUAUCCGGGUGUUAUGGCAGCCGGAAUGACCUUCACAAUAGAGCCUAUUUUGACAGAAGGAGAAGAUGGCAUCACCAUUUUGAAUGACGAUUGGACAGCUGUCACAGUCGAUGACGCAAGAACAGCCCAAUUCGAGCACACUGUAUUAAUUACGGACAGUGGCGUAGAGAUAUUAACUGAAUGUAAAUAACAUGAACACAAAUAAAAUCGAG